AUGGUAUUUGCUCAGUCCUUGUCCCGCCUCGCACGCCCAACCUCCGUGCCCAGCUUCGUCCGGGUUGUCUCACGAUACAAUGCUACCCCUACCUUCCGGGCACAUCCCAACUGUACUGGUAUCAGAACGCUAACAGCUACCUCGCAAAUGCAGGGUAAAGUUUUGUUGGUUCUCUAUGACGGCGGUGUCCAUGCCGAACAGGAGCCUCAAUUGCUCGGAACCACAGAGAACGAGCUCGGCAUUCGAAAGUGGAUUGAAGAGCAAGGUCACACUCUCGUGACUACGUCCGACAAGGAGGGCGAGAACUCCACAUUCGACAAAGAAUUGGUUGAUGCAGAGGUCAUCAUCACGACUCCCUUCCACCCUGGCUAUCUGACCGAGGAACGUCUUGCCAAGGCAAAGAAACUCAAGCUCGCUGUCACUGCCGGUAUUGGAUCUGAUCACGUCGAUCUCAACGCAGCCAACAAACACAACAUCACUGUCGCUGAGGUGACUGGCUCCAACGUCGUCUCAGUCGCUGAACAUGUCGUCAUGACCAUUCUGACCCUCGUCCGCAAUUUCGUUCCCGCUCACGAACAGGUCGCCCGUGGUGACUGGAACGUCGCCGAAGUUGCAAAGAACGAGUAUGAUCUCGAGGGUAAGGUCGUUGGUACCGUGGCUGUAGGCCGUAUCGGUGAGCGUGUCCUGCGCAGAUUGAAGCCCUUCGACUGUAAGGAGCUCUUAUACUUCGACUACCAGGCCCUAUCUCCUGAGAAGGAGAAGGAAAUUGGCUGCAGGCGUGUCGAGACUCUCGAGGAGAUGCUGGGUCAGUGUGAUGUAGUUACCAUCAACUGUCCCCUCCACGAGAAGACUCGUGGUCUCUUUAACAAGGAACUUCUUUCCAAGAUGAAGAAGGGCUCAUGGCUGGUGAACACUGCUCGUGGUGCCAUCGUUGUCAAGGAGGAUGUUGCCGAGGCUCUCAAGAAUGGUCAACUUCGUGGCUACGGAGGUGAUGUUUGGUUCCCGCAACCGGCACCCAAGGACCACCCUCUUCGAUACGCACAGAAUGCAUGGGGUGGCGGUAACGCCAUGGUUCCCCACAUGUCUGGUACUUCCAUUGACGCUCAGAAGCGUUACGCUGCCGGCACCAAAGCUAUCCUCGAUUCUUAUUUCUCGGGCCGUCUCGAUUACAGGCCUGAGGAUCUGAUUGUACACGCUGGUGACUAUGCUACGAAGGCAUAUGGACAGAGAAAGUAGAUAUCUCAAUUGGUCCGUUGGAACGGAAAAAUGUUGGUUGAUCAUAUGUUCGGGUCGGUCAAUCGCCAGAACGGAAGCAUUC